GGUGCUGAACUGCCUCUCCUCGCUCCAGCCUUCUCUCUGUGCCGACAGCUCCCACAGCCAGGAAUCCGCUUACCGCGCGUCCAAAUUAAAAACGGGACCUCCGCGAUCCACUUGAUCAUUCCGACCCUUUUCACUCAGCGAAUUAUUCCUGGAAGCAGAGCGAUUUGUACCUCCUCUUCUUGCUCAGAAUCAUUUUUUCUCUUUCUUUCUCCGGUCACUGGAAGUACCACUGUUAUUCUUUGUAACACACGGACGGUCGGUUUCUCAUCGGGAAGAGCAAACCUCGACUUUCGCAGACAUGUGCAUGAGACGUUGCUGUCAGUUUAAGACUCUAUUAGUGGUUUUGGCUCUCGCUGCUGUAAUCUCUCAAAUUCACGGAGAAGGUCCAAGAGAAAAGAACAGCAUUGGUAAAACAGCAUUAAGUGGAGACAGGGACCUCUUCACACAAUUACCCACACAUGACACAGAAAGUGAAGUCCAUUCAGUCACCACUGUCUCACCGAUGAGCAUGCCCAACCACCAGCCUAUCCUGAAGGGUCUGCUGCUCCAUGAGCACCUACUUACCAGAGACUUCCAGGGGGACCAGCAUUUUUUUAGGAGGGAUGGGUCAGUGGCUGGAUACCCCACCAUGCCAGGCUUUGUUUCUGCUCCAAAUUCGGGGGAUGCUGUCACUCAAAUCGUGGCCCACGAGGAUGCCCCAGCCUUUUCAGACAUUGCUACUACUUCUACUGAGCCUGCCACCACUCCACUGACAACACACUUUCCAACAACGCCAGGGCUGCCAGUAUCUCUCUCCCAGAAAAAAUCAGCAAAGAUAAAGGAUUCUGUAAAUUUUGUGCCAACAACUGAUUCCCUUACUACUCAAGUGACACCAUACAGCAGAGGCCAGGGCUACCCGGCCACACCCUUAUCCCAACGGGAAAAGGAUGUUCCCCUUAAAGCCACAACUGGCCCCUCUUCAACAAUUGUGGUGGAAGAAGAGGUCGGAGAGAAAACAAACCCUGACCAUCUGAUCUCCAAGUUUUCUUCACCGUUUAAUAAAGGCACCAGUACGGCUUCUACAACUGUCAUCACAACAACUACCAUCACUACCAUGCAAACAUCAGAGCCAUGCAGCAUGAAUUUCACUGAGUCUGAGGGUAACAUUGAAAUCCAGCAGCACGUUGACCCUGGGGUGGAAUGCAACUACUUGAUUACUGUCUACCUAGGAUAUGGCAUUGAAGUUCAGGUGCUAAAUGUGAGCAUGAUGGAGGGAGAGCAGAUAACAGUGGAAGACACAGGUGGUCAAGAACCUUUCCUCCUCGCCAAUGACUCAGUCCUGAUGAGGGGCCUUGUUCUUCGUAGCUGGAGCAACCAGAUCUCCAUUCAUUUCCGUAGCAAUCAGCGGCUCAAUUCAGGAUUCCUCCUGCUGCAUUACCAAGCAUUUGUGCUCAGCUGUGCAUUCCCAAAAGAACCUGUGGGUGGGGAGGUUUCGGUGACACAUCUCCAUGCUGGUGGAGAGGCCUACUUCAGUUGCUUCACUGGAUACAAGUUGCAGGGUCCCAAAAUGCUUACAUGUCGUAAUGCAACCACACCUUACUGGAGUGGAAAGGAACCUCAAUGCGUGGCAUCCUGUGGGGGGAUGAUAAAGAAUGCCACCUAUGGUCGCAUCGUUUCUCCCGGUUUCCCUGGUAACUACAGCAACAAUCUUACCUGCCAUUGGGUACUGGAGGCCCCAGAAGGCCAUCGGCUUCACAUUCACUUUGAGAAGGUUGCUCUGGCAGAGGAUGAUGACAGGUUUUUGAUAAAAAAUGGAAAUAACAUUGACUCCCCACCUGUGUAUGACUCUUAUGAAGUAGAAUAUUUGCCAAAUGAGGGUGUACUAAGUACUGGCCGUUACUUGUUCGUGGAGUUCUCCACAGAUGGGACCAUGACAUCCACUGGUGCAGCCAUCAGAUAUGAAGCCUUUGCCAAAGGGAUGUGUUAUGAGCCUUUUGUAAAAUAUGGCAACUUCAGCAGCAGCGACUCCACCUACAGCAUGGGAGCGGUAGUUGAGUUCUCGUGUAAUCCUGGCUACACUCUGGAGCAGGGCUCUGUAGUUAUUGAGUGUGUGGAUGCACAAAACCCACAGUGGAAUGAGACAGAGCCUGCCUGUAGGGCUGUGUGCAGCGGAGAGAUCACAGACUCUGCUGGUGUGGUGUUGUCUCCUAAUUGGCCCGAGGCCUACGACAAGGGGCAGGACUGCAUCUGGGGCAUCCAUGUGGAAGAGGACAAAAGGAUCAUGCUUGACAUCCAAGUUUUGAAUCUGGGUAAGAAUGACCAGCUUACUUUCUACGAUGGUGACGACCUAACAGCCAACAUCCUGGGCCAGUACAGUGGGGCACGGCCACACUUCAAACUCUACACAUCCAUGGCUGAUGUCACCAUUCAGUUCCAGUCAGAUCCUGCAACUAACAUCUAUGGCUACAAUAACGGCUUUGUUGUUCACUUCUUUGAGGUGCCGAGGAAUGACACUUGUCCUGAACUGCCUGAGAUCCCCAAUGGCUGGAAGAGCACAUCCCAUCCUGACCUCAUCCAUGGCACAGUGGUCACUUACCAGUGCUACCCAGGAUAUGCUUUGGUCGGCUCUGACAUCCUCAUGUGCCAGUGGGAUCUUAGUUGGAGUGGCGAUGUGCCAAAGUGUGAUGAAGUUCUAACUUGCCGAGACCCAGGAAACGUGGAGCACAGUCGGAAAGUGAUCACAGGCACCCGCUUCAAUGUCGGCUCUACUGUGCAGUUCAUCUGCAAUAAAGGCUACGUUCUGUCCGGCUCCAGUCUACUCACCUGCUGCAACCGGGACUCAUCAGUACCCAAGUGGAGUGAUAGACUGCCCAAAUGUGUCCCUGAAAAGUACGAGCCAUGUAGAAACCCCGGAGGAGGUUCCACCAGCAUCCAGAGCUCUGAAAAAGCCUUUUAUCAAGCCGGGGAGAGACUCACAUUCUCCUGCCAUGCUGGCUAUGAGCUGUUGGGUGGGGCCACUAUCUACUGUGUCCCCGGACACCCGUCACAGUGGAACAGCACUCCUCCUGCUUGCAGAGCAUCUUCAGCACAGUAUGUGAAUGAACGAAGGCUCGACGUUGUUAGUAUGGAUUACAGCAUGGAGGGGACCAAUAUUACCCUUGCCGUUUUUAUUCCAACUGCAAUCGUCUUGGUGAUUGUUCUGGGGAUUUACGUCUACUUUGCCAAACUUCAAGGAAAGUCUGUCAGAAUGCCAACAUCCUCUCCACCAUAUGACAACAUGACGGAAGAGUCGGCUUUUGAAAACCCUAUUUAUGAUAGUGGACACUGGCAAACCCGUUGUAGAUACUAAAGCCUGUCAGUAUUUCCACUUUGGCUUUACUGCACAACAGCUACAAGGACAAAUGAGAAUUUAGAGGUGUCCAUUUAAAGCAAGAACCUCUCAAGCUUUGGCUUUUGGGACCCUCUCUGCACUGCUCAUGAUUAUUGCUCAACCUUUUAUUUAGUUUAACCUCCUUUCAUAUUCCGCUAUGUUUGUAUUAAUGUAAAUAAGUCUCUCAUCUGCACAGUCCAAUCUGUGAAUCUGUUGAAUGCCAUGGUGAUAUUUUUAUAAAGUGAGUCAUCAAUGACCAUUGGUGAUUGUAUGUUUGUAAGUACUUUUUGAUGGCUUCAGCCAGCUGUGGUUAAAGAUAAGGAAAGAACUGUUUUUUUUUUUUUUUUAUCCCCGUACAUUCCACAGUUUUUGUAAAUUGGUUGAUUACUUUUUCCCCCCCGUGUGUGUGUGUGGGACUGCUAUCUGUAAAUAAACUGCCUGUAAAAUAUGAGUGCCUCACGACUGACUAUAACCUGAGAGAUCACACAUGAAAUCAUUUGUUACAACUUGACUCUAGAUUUAACUGUUAUUUUAUAUUGUUUCUGCUUUUUGUAGCACUCCUCAUCACCUUCAUAGAAUCUCUCUUUAAGAUAUUUAUGAAAGGAUUUCCCACCAGCUGAUGUGUGGUUUCCAACAACAUAUAGCCUCAGAUAUGUUUUCAUGAGUUACGAAUGCCAGUGUCUUUGCUGUAUGCCACAUUUUAAAGUUUGCCUCAAAGAAUUAGUAGCAUCGGAUGUUUGCAUCUCCUGUCAGUAUAACCCCUAGUUUUCACGUUAAAAACAGCAUCAGAUAAAUUCUAUGACGUUAUGAAAUGAUUUGUAGUGUGUAAAAAUCAUCAUAUACAGCUGACGAGUGGCCAUACAGAUGUUUUGCAUCUACUUCUGUUAAAUUUAACAAUGGAUGUGUUUUAUCUGUCUGUGCAUUUACUUGAUGCUAGAAGCAGUUUUCUUUCAGCCUCACAGCUGCUGCGUUCACACACAGGAAACCACAUCACCUUAAGUGUAUAUAUGAUUCCCGGAAUAAUUAAUAAAAUUUGUUUUAAUCUCUGUCA